AUGGGUUCUUAUAGAAGCAACGACCACGAAGAACCUCAGCCGAAAAUUUGGUAUCAGCAGGAUCGAUAUCGAGAGGAACCGGAGAAAGAGGUCGAAUUAGGAAUGGACAAUAACGUUUCGUACAGCAGAAUCUACGCGACACCAGAUCUUUCUCUGGUUAUUAGAAAUUUCUCAGCCGCAGACGCUGGUAUUUACCGAUGUCAUGGUGAGGAAGGACAAGAGAAAGAGGACAAAUAUAAUUAUAGGAUCGAACCAAUCCUUAAAGAUAUAGGUGAUGAACAUAUAGAAGGAGGAAAUUUAACUGAAUGGGAGAAGUAUCGUGAGACAUAUUUAUGGCCUGUUACUACAAGAUUCGCUGUCUCGCAAAUGAUGGACUUAGUUGAAAUCCGUGAAGAAGGAGUAACUCUUCAAGUAAUAUCUGAAUGGGCUUCUUGGAGUUCAUGCAAAGAAUGUGUUCAUAAUCAUGGUAUUAAAACUAGCAGAGGCUACUGCAGAUUAAAACGUAGCAUAAAUUCGACAAUGGAGAAAAACAACUCAACUGUUAUACACUUUUUUCGAGGAUCUCCAAUACUUCCUUGCAAAUCUGCCUUGCUGCAAGAAGAAUUUCCUAGUAUCAGCCGUAUUAUACGGUACUUACCAGAAUUUAUUUUAAGAGAAUCUUGCAAGAAAUGUCCACGUAUAAAGAAAAUAAAAAAGAGCGAGAAAUUCCGAUAUGUUAGACGAUAUGUUCUCGCCGAAGGAGCGCAUCUUGCUAUAAUUUGUCCAGACUCAAGCACAGGAUCGCAAAUUGUUUGGAGAAAGGAUUCGCUCGUUUUGAGGAAGGGAACAGGUCGAUCAUUUCGUAAGAAAGACGAAGAAACACGAGUGAUUGUAGAUACUUUCUCGACGCUCUAUUUAAUAGAUAUUUCCAAAGAAGAGCAAGGUAACUAUACUUGUUAUGUAAAUAACAUAAAUAUGAUGCGCGCGAAAAUCAUCGUCGUGUCUAAGACUCGACUUUUGACACAAGCUUUUUUUCGGCAUUUGGGCUAUUUGGGAUUUAUAUUUUUUAUAAUUUUAUUUUGCUACUGUGCGGGUGUAAUAAGGAUUUGCCGGCAGAGAGAUAAAUUUCAAAUCUUACCGCAAGAUGAUCCUUCUGAUGAAGAUGGCAAAUAAUGUUAGUGUUGAAUAAACGUAAAUAAUGUAAAAAAUACAGAUUAAGUCUCAUCGUCGCCAACUCUAUUGAUGUCCCGGUAUUGUACGAAA